AUGUUGUGCGAAGAAAACGAUGGAAAAAAAACUAGCACCCUACCACCACCUUGCCGCCAUUGUAGGCCACCACGUUUCCAUUGCCCAACUUCCGGCUGCCCUCCUCCGGAACCUUGUCCACCACAGUGGCCAUCUUGUCCAGAACCCUGCCAACCCCUGCGGUGUCGUCAGCCUCCUGGAAAACCGGUGCCGCCUCCGACGCUGUGCAUCGCUAAACCUUGUCCAGAACCGUCCGGGAUAAAACCCCCGUGUUUCCCGCAGCCCCCGAAAAUGAAACCGCCAAAAACAAGCGUGAGAUUUUGUAUCCAAAACACGUGCGAAGGAUCUACCUACUGUCCUUGUUACGAGGCGGAAAUGCCCUGCUGCAGUUCUAAGCUCUGUAAAGAGUGA